AUGGCCUCUUUACCUCCUGCUGCUUGCUGCUUGAAAAGAACUUUCCACGAAGGUGAAAGAAAAGGAACCCUUCACAAGAGUCUCUAUGGCCUUGCCUCAUAUGAGGUCGGGGAUAUAAAAUCUAAAAGAGUCCUCAUCGUCGCUAUCGAUAUCUACGGACACGAUUUCCUUAAUACCAACUUAAUUGCCGAUGAGUAUGCUGCUCAAGGCUACUACGUUGUGAUACCUGAUAUUUUACUAGGGGAUCCGGUGGAUUUAUCUAGAGGCAUGGAGUCCUUCCAGGAAUGGAAAGUUAACCACGGUCCAGAAGUUACUAUUAUGGCGUACCAUAACUAUUUGAUAGAAUUAAAAAAAACCGUGGCUUCAGAUGCCAAAUUGUUCAGUGUCGCUUACUGUUUUGGGGCCCAUUGUGUCAUUAAAGAAUUGGGCUCCACUGGGCUUUUAACUGCGGGAGCCAUUGCCCAUCCAAGUAAUGUCACUACUGAAGCCAUGGAAAACGUCACCAAGCCACUACUGAUCAGUGCUGCCCAGAUCGAUCAAGUGUUCACCACAGAAUUGAGACAUAAGACCGAAGAAAUCUUGAUAAAGAAUGAUGUAAGAUUCCAAAUCACAUUAUUCAGUGGGGUUUCCCAUGGGUUUGCCAUCAAGGGGGAUAUUAAUGAUAAAGUGGUCAAAUAUGCCAAAGAAAAGUGUUUCUAUGAUGUUGUCAGCUGGUUUGGCCAAUUCUAA